AUGACACAGCAGGACAAGCGGCGAAGUCCGACGCGGCUGGCGCCGCUGCCAACUGGCGACAGCACCGACCGCCUCGAGCUUGUCCGGCUGCUGCACGUGCUCUGCGCCCCGCUGCGCGAUCCUAUGGCCCGGCGGCCGUACCCGUCCGUCGCCGACAACGUAGCUGCGAUCGACCAAGGGCCGUCGCAGUGGCGCACGUGGGCCAUCUUCCUUGUCGCCCAGCUCAAGCAAGCGGAAUUGGCUCCGAAUGAGCUCAAGGCCACGACUCUACUGCUACUCUAUUACGUUGCGUGCGACGCGACACUCGCGCCGACGCUGGUCCUCGAAGGCCUCGUGCCCUGCCUUGUCGACGCCAUUGUGCGCGUGCACCUCUCACUAGCGGGCGCGAUCGAGCACGUUGAGGUCGCCAGUGCACCGUGUCAUCCGCUACACCUCGAGGUGGCUGUCGACGCGCUGCGCUAUUCGAUGCACGCUCUCGUCCUCGACCUGCACGCGCGUGGCCAUGUCGACGCUUUGCUACCGCUGGGACCUAUGUCAUUGGCUUACGUCUUGGCAUCGUCGCCGAUUCCGCGCGACGAAGUCGACGAGUGUCUCUUGCGCCGACCGCAGCCCCCGGCGCCGUCGAUUUUUGCUUGCGCGGGCGAAGACCACGCGACGACCGAUGGCGUCGAGGACACGCUAGCCUCUCUCAUCGCGCAGAGCUCGCUCUUCCAGCACCACUUGGCCGUACGCACGUUGGUCGUGCUCGUGCGCAAUAUCACCUCCAAGUCGCAUAGCUUUGAACGGCGGCGGCUUCUGGACGACGGCGCGUUGCAGGCACUGGUGCUGGCCGCGGCGCUGCCCUCGAGCAAUAACCCCCCAAACGUGCCACCCGACGAGCUGCGCUGGCUACAGGCGGUAGUGCAGCAGCCCAGCCAGAGUGUGGUUGCGACACUUCUAAGUCUUUCGUUUGUGAGCGCCAUGGCGGCCAACGGCCUCGCUGACGUGCCUUCGGAAGAAUUGGGCCGCGUCGUGCGCCACCAGGCAGCUGCCCUCUUGCACGCUCAGGGCGCUGCCACCGACAUGUUGCAUCGACGCCUACUGCACGACCCAACGUUCCCAGCAGCGCCGCGCGCGCACGUGCUCUUGUCCCGUCUCUGUGCCCAGCGAGCAACGGCGCCGCUGCGUCCGUGCAGUCCCAGUAAGCAGAGAGUGCAUGCCAACAAGGCACUUCACAAGCGGCGGUCUGGCGCGCCGAGCUGUGCUUGUCCGCGGUUGCCAGCCCACGACAUCCUUGCCGUCGCCCGGCGCGCCGAAGACGUCGCGCAGAGCGUCGUGACCAGCUACCUCGUGGUGCGCGACGGUCUCAGCCCGUUUGUGGACUUUCGGGCGUGGGCCAUGGCCCAGCCAUCCGUUGUCGUUCGGGAAAAGCGGCGGCAGCUACGCACCGACGCCGCAGCCAACGCCGAUCGCAUCCGCCGAGCGAAGUACGAGGCCGAUGACGCCGCCGUUGCUCGGGAGAUGCCGCUAAUGGCGGCCGAAGACAAGCCGCCCGAGUCCGAGACCGAGCGCCGCGGUCGCCUGAAGCGCCAGCGGGAGGAGCUGCGGCAGUGGCAAGCCACGCGCGCGGCGGAGAAUGCGUCCCGCGUGCAGCGUCUCUUGCAAGAAAAGGCCGAGGCCCGGGAGCGCGAGUCCAUGGCGCGCGCCGAUGUCCGGUGGCGGCCGUUGCGAGAGGCAACGCUAGAAGAUCCGCUGGUGGCCGAGGAAGAACGCGUCCGGCAGCUGCGCCGCCAGCUCCGCGAGACCAAACUGCAGCAGGCCGCAGACCGUGCAAUGCGAGCCGAAGAUCACUUGUCGCGGCUGCAUCGGUCGCACCUCAGGGCGCUGGAAACACAGCGCGUGGCUAGCGAGCGGGCGGCGGAGGCGAAUGCGCGACGCCAGAUGCGCGCCGAGGAGAACGAGCGCCGGCUCGCGUGGCGCGCGAUCGCUGAAAAGGAAAUGGACGACGCGCUCGCCGCCAAGCUCGCCGCCCGCAAGCAGCAACGCGCCGACGAACGCCGGCAUCGGCGCCGGCUGCUCUACCCUGACAAGUACAGUGACUGGACCAAGGUGCCCGAUGGGACUAGCGGCCGCUUCUAUUAUCAGCACCGUAUCACGGGUGCGACGCAGUGGGAAACACCCGAGUGGCACGAGACGCCGGCGCCGUCGUGGGAGCUCGCAACCGAUGCGAACGGGACCGUCUACUAUAUCAAUGCGACGACCGGCGAAAGCGUCUGGGACCUCCCGCCGUCGAGCUGGACCGAGUGCACGGGCGACGACGGUGUCAUCUACUUUUAUAACCCGCUCACAGGCGACAGCUCCUGGACACGUCCGACUUAA